AUGUGGAUGGGCCCUGGAGUGCCCCCCUGGUUUGGCGGAGGAGGUGGCCAUCAUCAUGCUAACAACGCCCAGGCCCAGGAGCUGCUGCUGCUAAGGCGCUUCGUUCUGUUUAUCACGCAAGUUGUCGUGCCCUUGCUGCCUGCCCCCCUGCAGCAGUUGGUCUUGGCCCACGCGCCGCCGCCUCCACCACCGCCACCCCCUGCUGCUGUGCCACUGCCACCCCCUGCUGCUGCGCCGGCUGGCUUCUUCUUUGGACCUCCUCCUCAUCAUCCUCAUGCUGCUCAUCAUCUGCCGCCUCCUCCUCAUCCUCCGCCGCAUCCUCAUCACAUACACAACCCAGCCAUCCAUCUCCCGCCCAUUCCCGGUAACCCUCCGCCCAUUCCACACAAUCUUCCACCAGUCAUUCCUCCUCCUCCACCUCCAGUCAUCCAUAACCCACCAGCCAACAACAACAACCCGCCACCACCCAACAACGCACCACCUGCCAACCCACCUCCAGUUCAGAACGUCAUCCAGCAACCGGCCAAUCCUCUGCUCCCUCUUGUUCCUCCUGUCGCUGUUGUUCAUCCUGUUGCUCAGCCUAUCCCUCAACCUGCCGCUCAGCCUGUUCCUCCGCUUCAGCCAGCCGGCCAGCAACCCGCCGCCCAGAACGCCGCCCAGAACGCCGCCCAGCAGGCCAAUGCCCCGAACGCCGCCCAGCAGGCCAACGCCCCGAACGCCCCUAUCCCUCAACCUGCCGCUCAGCCUGUUCCUCCGCUUCAGCCAGCCGGCCAGCAGGCACCUGCCCAGCUCGCCCAGGCCGCCGCCCAGCAGGCCAACGCCCCGAACGCCGCCCAGAACGCCGCCCAGCAGGCCAACGCCCCGAACGCCG